UAUGUCUGAUAACAUCAGUGUAGUCGAGCCAAUCAGCUUUCUCCGCUGCCAUAGAUCUGAGCUAUAACACAGAGCAGUAAAGGCGCGCUCCUCUCACUCCUCUCACUCCUCUCACCCGCCGCACUCGUCUCGCGCGCGGUCCUGCGCCUGCUUUCCCACCUCUCCUCCUCCUCCUCAUCCUCCUCCUCCUCCUCCUCCUCCUCUUCAUCCUCCUCUUGUCGUCGGUGCGGCGGCUCCACUCCGAUGUGUUCCGCUAUUAACGGCCAGAAGCCGUCGUUUCCCGCACCUGCCACGGAACUGAUCGACGGAUAGUGGAGAGGACCGAGCCGGGAGACGAGGCGAGGGGGGGGCCGAACGGGCCGUCACACAUCCGCAGCCGCCGGGUUUCGAGUCGUUUCGCGUGUCCGUGGACGCGAUGCUGCUGCUGCUGCCGCCGCUGCCGCUGACGCGCGUCGCGCUGGUGGGCUUCGUGUGCGCGGCGCUGCUGUCCCACGCGUGGGCCUGCGGACCGGGCAGGGGCUACGGCAGGAGGAGACACCCCAAGAAGCUGACACCUCUCGCGUACAAGCAGUUCAUCCCCAACGUGGCCGAGAAGACGCUGGGCGCCAGCGGGCGCUACGAGGGCAAGAUCACGAGGAACUCGGAGAGGUUCAAGGAGCUGACCCCCAAUUACAACCCUGACAUCAUCUUCAAGGAUGAGGAGAACACCGGCGCCGACAGGCUCAUGACACAGAGAUGCAAGGACAAGUUGAACUCUCUGGCCAUAUCGGUCAUGAACCAGUGGCCCGGGGUGAAGCUGCGGGUCACGGAGGGCUGGGAUGAGGACGGUCAUCACUUCGAGGAGUCCCUGCACUACGAGGGCAGGGCGGUGGACAUCACCACCUCGGACCGGGACAAGAGCAAGUACGGCACGCUCUCGCGACUCGCCGUGGAGGCCGGGUUCGACUGGGUCUACUACGAGUCCAAGGCGCACAUCCACUGCUCCGUGAAAGCAGAGAACUCGGUCGCCGCCAAAUCAGGGGGCUGCUUCCCCGGCUCCGCCUCCGUCACCCUGGAGGGCGGCGGCAGGAAGCGCGUGCACGAGCUGCGCGCGGGCGACAGGGUGCUGGCGGCCGACGCCCGCGGGAAGCUCCUCUACAGCGACUUCGUGAUGUUCGCGGACCGCGACGAGACCACCCGCAGGCUCUUCCACGUCAUAGAGACCCGCGAGCCGCGCCGGCAGCUCGUGCUCACCGCCGCGCACCUGCUCUUCGUCCUGGACAACGCCACGGACGCCGUGCACGCCAUGCGCGCCACCUUCGCCAGCCGCGUGCGGCCCGGGCAGCACGUGCUGGUGGUGGCGGACGAGGCGCGCGGACGGCUCGAGGCGGCGGCCGUGGAGCGCGUGUACGUGGAGGAGCGCCGGGGCUCGUUCGCGCCCGUCACCGCGCACGGGACCGUGGUGGUGGACCGCGUGCUGGCCUCGUGCUACGCGGUCGUGGAAGACCACCGGCUCGCGCACUGGGCCUUCGCGCCCGUGCGGCUCGUGCACGCACUGACCUCCUUGUUCCGAGCGGAAGAGCCUCGAUGGGAACAGCGGAACAGCACGUCGUCGCAGGGGGGCGGGGUGCACUGGUACCCCCAGGUGCUGUACCACGUGGGGCGGUGGGUCCUGGGCGGGAACUCGCUGCACCCCCUCGGCAUGCCGGUGACCUCGAGCUGAAGUCACCCCCUCCCCCCCACGAGACUGAUGAUGAGGGACAGCGAGCGGACAGCAGACACGUGGACGCAGAGCCC